AAAUAAAUUAAAUAUUCGAAUAUUAUUAUUAUGGUAUUUAUUUAUGAAUAGACCCUUUAAACUUUGAUUUAAUUAUUUUUUGGUAACCUCAGAAUUGAAUUAUAGGAGAUCUCUCCUCCUCCUUCCUUACUUCUUCUUCCUUUCCUUGUUUCGAACGCUACCGUUGAGUGACUCCGCGUCUCUGAUUCGCUGACUCUGCAAACCCUAUGAGCAGUUGACAAGGCCAAAUGAGGAUCGGCUAUUUCAAUUUACAGUGGGGGUGUGAUUCAUUCGGAUGCCUGAUCAUGUGGAUCAUCUUUGUGAUUUCAUUUGUUCAGCAUGGAGACGUUUCUUUCUUUUAGGUGGUUGGGUUUCCUGUUGAAUUUCAAGACACUGCAGAACUGAUUGGCAAAUCUUUUAAUAAUUUUCUUUCAAAAUUGGUUGAGGAAAAGGAAAGUCACCAUUAAAAGUCCAUGCCUGUGAUGGAUUAUAUAGAUAUCAGUUCAUCUGAUGAUGAUUUGGAAAGUUGGGAAACAGACGGUAGGGGAUCUGCCAAUCCAAGGAUUCUUCCUCAAUGGGCUUCUACACGUGGUCCAAAUUCAAGCAGUUACAGUGUACAGUCUCAAAAGGUUGCUUCUCCUAAAAGAGCAUAUGCUUCAAAUGGAAGCUCUUCAAAUAUUGAUACUUAUUUAGUACCUGGUUCUAGUGACAAUAAUAGGGCCCCAAAUCAGCAUAUUGCUGAAGUGGAUGGUUCUGAGUAUGCUACAGUUAAUGGGAAUGAGAGUGAUUCUUGGACCGUUAAUUCCCGAAUUGCUAACCUUUCUGGUGCUGAGUAUGAGAAAAUUUCAUCUCAACAGGCUCUGAAGAGGACCCUUCCACCAUCUCUCCAGCCAUCUGCACCCAGUACUAGAUUAAACAAUUUAGUAGAGAAUGUGGGCAGCAGUCAAGUUCGUGACGCUUAUGGGAAUUCUUACCAUUCAGCAGGGCCUAGUGUAUCCAACAGCAAGGGCCAUCUUCGAGACCAGUUUAGCUGGGGCAAGAAUGAUGAAGUUAUGAUGUAUGAAAACAGUGGGAGUAGGAUUCUACCUCCAUCUCUCAUGCAUGGAAAAGCUAUUUCCUCCAACCAGUUUGCUAGUACAAGCGAUCCCUUAUACCGUUCCAUGGUAGGUGAAGACAGGAAUGCUGGAAAUGAUGAGAGACUGGUUUAUCAAGCAGCAUUGGAGGAUCUGAAUCAGCCUAAAGUUGAAGCUAAUUUACCUGAUGGUCUUUUGUCUGUUUCUCUUCUAAGACAUCAGAAAAUUGCAUUGCAUUGGAUGCUUCAAAAGGAAACUAGAAUUUUCCAUUGUUUAGGUGGAAUAUUAGCUGAUGAUCAGGGCCUUGGUAAGACUGUUUCAAUGAUUGCCCUUAUACAAAUGCAAAGGUCUUUGCAGUCAAAAUCAAAAUCAGAUGAUCUAUGUCACAAAACUGAGGCACUGAAUCUGGAUGAAGAUGAUGAUAAUGGCAGUGGUGGUGUGGACAAAGCCAAGGAAGCAGUGAAUCUGGACGAUGAUGAUGAUAAUGGCGUGGAUAAAGUCAAGAAGUCUGAAGAAUUUGAUGAUCUAAAAGUGAGUAGUUCUACACGGGAAUUUAGGAGGCAGAGGCCAGCAGCUGGUACAUUAGUUGUGUGCCCAGCGAGUGUUCUUCGACAGUGGGCCAGGGAGCUGGAUGAAAAAGUUGCAGAUGAAGCUAAGCUUUCUGUCCUAAUUUAUCAUGGAGGUAAUAGGACGAAGGAUCCCGUUGAACUGGCAAAAUAUGAUGUGGUUCUCACUACAUAUGCUAUUGUAACUAAUGAAGUUCCAAAACAGCCUUUAGUUGAUGAGGAAGAUGCCGAUGAAAAAAAUGGGGAAAUAUAUGGGUUAUCUUCUGAAUUUUCUAUCAGUAAAAAGAGGAAAAAGACAUCUAAUGUUAGUAAGAGGGGAAAAAAGGGUAGAAAAGGAAUUGAUAGUUCUUCAAUUGAUUAUGGUAGUGGUGCACUAGCAAGAGUAGGUUGGUUUAGGGUGAUACUAGAUGAAGCUCAGACAAUAAAAAAUCACCGAACUCAAGUGGCUAGAGCAUGCUGCAGCCUUCGAGCCAAAAGAAGAUGGUGCUUAUCUGGAACACCUAUUCAAAAUGCAAUUGAUGACUUAUACAGUUACUUCAGGUUCCUAAAGUAUGAUCCAUAUGCUGUAUACAAAUCAUUUUAUAAUACAAUAAAGGUGCCGAUAUCCAAAAAUGCAUUACAUGGCUACAAGAAGCUUCAAGCAGUUUUGAGGGCUAUAAUGCUGCGCCGUACAAAAGGAACAUUGCUUGAUGGGGAGCCUAUAAUUAAGUUACCACCAAAAACAAUACGCAUGUCUAAGGUGGACUUCUCAACUGAGGAGCGGGCCUUCUAUACCAAUCUAGAAGCGGAUUCACGAUCUCGAUUCAAGGCAUAUGCUGCAGCUGGGACAGUGAAUCAGAAUUAUGCAAAUAUUCUAUUGAUGCUGUUGCGCCUCCGUCAGGCUUGUGACCACCCAUUCCUUGUCAAAGAUUAUAAUUCUGACUCUGUUGGAAAAGUUUCUGUUGAAAUGGCUAAGAGACUACCUAGGGAUAUGCUGAUUAAUUUAUUGAAUUGCUUGGAAACUUCCUUCGCCAUCUGUCGUGUAUGCAAUGAUCCACCUGAGGACCCUGUUGUUACCAUGUGUGGCCAUGUUUUCUGCUAUCAGUGUGUAUCAGAAUAUUUGACGGGAGAUGAUAAUACGUGUCCUGCACAUGCAUGUAAAGAACAACUUGGUUCUGAUGUUGUUUUUUCCAAAGCUACUUUGAGUAGUUGUCUUUCUGCGGAUGUUGAUGGUAGUUCCAUGAAUUCUCAGUUCACAGAGAAUUCAAUGAUUCUGCAGAAUGAGUACAGUUCAUCUAAAAUCAGAGCUGUUCUUGAGAUUCUGGAGACAAAUUGUAAAAUCCAUAGUUCCAUGGAAUGCAAUGGAAGUUCUUUGUCUUCUGAAAAGGAAUAUGCAGAGAAUUGCUCAGGUUUUAGUGCUACAAAGCACACAAUAGUUUAUUCAGAGACACCAGUUGAAGGGCCAAUAAAAACAAUUAUUUUCUCCCAAUGGACUAGCAUGUUGGACUUGGUUGAGACGUCAUUGAAUGACUCUUGUAUACAAUACAGGAGGCUUGAUGGCACAAUGACUCUGAGUGCGAGGGACAGGGCUGUUAAAGAUUUUAACGCUGAUCCUGAGGUAACUGUCAUGCUGAUGUCUUUAAAAGCAGGAAACCUUGGGUUAAACAUGGUUGCUGCAUGCCAUGUUAUUCUUUUGGAUCUUUGGUGGAAUCCAACCACUGAAGACCAGGCGGUUGAUCGAGCACAUAGGAUCGGGCAGACUCGUCCAGUUACUGUAACACGAAUCACCAUCAAGGACACAGUGGAAGACAGGAUAUUAGCACUCCAGGAAGAGAAGAGAAAAAUGGUUGCAUCUGCUUUUGGUGAAGACCAAGGUGGGGGAACUGCAACUCGCUUGACGGUGGAAGAUCUUAGAUAUCUUUUUAUGGUCUAAACAUCAUGUUCCAGUUCACUUGUUCUUUCAGAUUUUGGUAACUCUGCUCUCUUGAUAUUGUCUAGAAAAAAAAAUAUAUAUCAAGAGGGUCAAUUUUGAAUUUAAGUGAAUGUGACAGCAAGAUUUUAUGUGGUCGCACUUACGGUGCCUGCUGACCCUUUUGCUCAACUGGCCUAUUGAGUUAGUGCAUCUCGAGGUAACUUAUAUAGGAGUUUUGAGGCCCAUGAAAGGCAUUUUUUGUUCUCAUCAAUGGCAAACUUAGAGAGCCGAAGUCAUAUGUAAAUAUUCUAAUUACUUUAUUUGGAUGCCAAAGAUCUAGAAUUUGUAGUUGACCUUUUUCUGUUUAUUAAUGUUAAUAGUACAUUAUCUUCUUGA